AUGGCGCUGGGUGGAAGGGGACCUGCUCUGGAUUUACUGGGAUUGUCCUCCUGCCCCCAGCUGAUCCAGUUCAAAGCAGACAUCAACGCCGUGAACGAGCAUGGGAACACGCCUCUGCACUAUGCCUGCUUCUGGGGACAUGACCAGGUGGCGGAGGACCUGGUGGGCAAUGGGGCCUUGGUCAGCAUUGCUAACAAAUAUGGUGAGACGCCCAUUGACAAAGCCAAGACACCACUGCGAGAGGUCUUGAAAGAGCGUGCCGAGAAGCUGGGCCAGAGCCUCACCAAGAUCCCCUACAAGGACACCUUCUGGAAGGGCACGACGCGCACACGUCCCAGAAACGGGACUCUCAACAAACUUGCUGGAAUAGACUUCAAACAGCUGAGCUUGAGCCAAAAACUCAAUGAGAACCAGUCAGGAGAGUUGUGGAAAGGGCGCUGGCAAGGCAACGACAUUGUCAUCAAAAUGCUGAAAAUCCGGGACUGGACAACCCACUGGAUGCCCUAUGGCUCCCUCUACAACGUCUUACACGAGGGGACAAACUUUGUGGUGGACCAGAUGCAGGCAGUGAAAUUCGCCUUUGACAUCGCCCGGGGCAUGGCCUUCCUGCACACGCUGGAGCCCCUCAUUCCACGCCACCACCUCAACAGCCGCAGCGUCAUGAUCGACGAGGACAUGACAGCGCGGAUCAGCAUGGCUGACGUGAAGUUCUCCUUCCAGUGCCCGGGGAGGAUGUACGCACCAGCCUGGGUGGCACCAGAAGCCUUGCAGAAGAAGCCAGAGGAAAUCAACAGGCGCUCGGCUGACAUGUGGAGCGACCAGCUUCCGCCGGCGUAG